UAGCCUGACAAAGGGCAAGGACGUUCUUCUCCAGCAUGGCAGCCGACGACAGCAAGUCAACUUUUCCCCACUUCGCAACUGACGCCAUUCACGUUGGCCAGGAGCCCGAACAAUGGAAGUCUAUGGCUGUAGUUCCUCCGAUAUCCAAUGCCUCAACGUACAAGCAGUUUGCACCUAACGAGCACGCGGGAUUUGAAUAUUCCCGCAGUGGCAACCCAACAAGAAACUGUCUGGAGAAAUGUAUAGCUGGUGUAGAGGGAGGAAAACAUGGCUUCUGUUUUUCCUCUGGGCUAGCAGCAACCAACACCAUCACCAGCCUUCUGUCAGCUGGGGACCAGAUCAUCAGCAUGGAUGACCUUUAUGGGGGAACUAACCGAUACUUCAGAAAGUGUGCAGGCAAGCUUGGUAUUGAGACCUUAUUUGUUGACUGUACCAAUAUAGAGAGUGUCCAGAAAGCAAUCACACCAAAAACCAAGAUGAUAUGGCUGGAGACGCCCACGAACCCCACCAUGAAGCUUGUUGACAUUGCAGCUGUUGUCAAGGUAACAAGGGCAGCCAGGAGCAAGAUUAUCGUCGUUGUUGACAACACAUUCAUGUCUUCCUACUUCCAGAGACCCCUGGAGCUGGGGGCUGACAUGUCCAUGCAUUCCCUCUCCAAGUACAUGAAUGGUCACUCCGAUGUUAUCAUGGGCGCUGCUGUUGUCAAUGAUGACGAACUCGCCGAGGAGAUGAGGUUCCUACAGAAUGCAAUUGGUUCGGUGCCCUCUCCAUUUGACUGCUACUUGGUGAACCGAGGCCUUAAGACCCUACACGUCCGCAUGAAGGAGCACAUGAAGAAUGGUUUGGCUGUAGCCAAGUUCCUGGAAGCUAGUCCCAGGGUUGAGAAAGUCAACCAUCCAGGUUUGCCGUCGCACCCCCAAUAUGAGCUAGGCAAACGCCAGAUGAAGGGGUACAGUGGUAUGGUCACUUUCUUCAUCAAGGGUGGACUGGAAGAGUCCAAGAAGUUUCUUCAAAAUCUCAAGAUCUUCACGCUGGCUGAGAGUCUAGGAGGGUAUGAAAGUCUAUGUGAAUUACCAUCACUUCAAACACAUGCCUCCGUCCCGGCCGAGCAGCGUGUUGAGCUGGGCAUCACAGACAGCCUGAUCCGACUCUCUGUGGGCAUCGAGGACUUGGAAGACAUCAUAGCUGAUAUAGACCAGGCUCUGAAGAUUGCAGUUCCUUGAACAGAAGUUGUGUGGACAGUUUGGGCUAAUAUUUACACCUUAAACAGUCAUAUAAUUGCAAUAGUCCACAGGCUUCUUUUUCAUGUUUAACCAGUUAAUUUCAAUUAUAGGAUAAUUAUGUUAGAUGAAAAGUAACUUAUGCAUAUGUAUAGGAAAUUACAAGGUAUGACUCUGUGAUCCUUAAAUGAUUUUACAACAAAAUUUUAUGCAUAUCAAAGUUAUCACUUACAUUUCUGUUUAGUUUUAGUACUUAAUUUGACAAAUCCUUGAGGUGAUGGUGAGACAAAGUAAUCAUAAGGCUGUGACUGUAAUUUUUUGCUCAAGCAAAUCAACUUAAAUCACCCCCUUUAAACAUUCCAGUUCAAGGGCGGAACAUGGUUUGACAUUUUACACUGUUUGAAUCAGACUGCCUAAGGUGUGUGUAUUAUGUCAGAUAAUUGUUUAAUUUUGUCCUCUUUCUUUGUCAAUUAUUUUGUUUAUGUUAGUGUUUAUGUACCUUUAUGAUCUCGUGACAAUAUUGUCGUAUUGAUGUUGGAAGUCCAACUAAUAUGAUACAGACAUUUUUGUUGACAUUUACCCGGUACUCUGGUGGAUAAAAAAAUAUAUGUCCAUUAUAAUAUAUACAGAACACACUUAUUUUCUUGUGUACACCUCUUUUCUUUACUGUUAUUGGAUUAUUCAAAUUUGAUGGUUUGAAUCUCUUUUAAGACAACCGGUGCCAACCUAUUUCUCAUGAAAUGUACUUGCUAUCCUAGAUUACCUCUGUAACACUUAUAUUUUAAUAUAUUAUCUUUUGUCUGUUAUUGUUUCAUUAAACCAAUAAUGCUGCAAUAUAUUGCAUAGGGAUGGGGAUGCUGAUUUAUGAAAUAACGUUGUACUAUGUACAAUGUGUUGUUUAUCGCAAGGGUGUAAUAUAUCAAUAAAGCCUUACAACUCC